AUGCCUGCCCCGACUGCGCUCCUGCGCAAGCCCGACGAGCUUGCCGAGGACAACGCCAUGACCGACGUCCCUCAGGGCAAGUGCUCCCAAGAAGGCGUCCUGCUCGACCUCAAUGCCCCCGCCGAGUUCGACUCCGCCCCCGCAGCCGAAGCGUCCGAGGAGACGAUGCAGGUCGACACCGAGGGCCGCCCCCAGUUUGCGCCCGCCAAGGACAUCCCGCUCUCCAUGCGCGUCGAGACGCGCAAGGUCCCCAUCCCGCCGCACCGCCUGACCCCGCUCAAGGCUUCCUGGCCCAAGAUCUACCCCCCGCUCGUCGAGCAUCUGAAGCUGCAGGUCCGCAUGAACAUCAAGAACAAGGCCGUCGAGCUCCGCACGUCGAGGGCCACCACCGACACGGGCGCCCUGCAGAAGGGAGAGGACUUCGUCAAGGCCUUCAGCCUGGGCUUCGACGUCGACGACGCCAUCGCUCUCCUGAGACUGGACGACCUGUACAUCGAGACCUUCGAGAUCAAAGACGUCAAGACCCUGAACGGAGACCACCUGGGCAGAGCCAUUGGCCGCAUUGCUGGCAAGGACGGCAAGACCAAGUUCGCCAUCGAGAACGCGUCCCGCACGCGAAUCGUCCUCGCCGACCAGAAGAUCCACAUUCUCGGCGGCUUCAAGAACAUCCAUGUCGCGAGAGAGGCCGUUGUCUCGUUGAUCCUGGGUGCGCCGCCGGGCAAGGUAUACGGGAACUUGCGCACUGUCGCCUCCAGGAUGAAAGAGAGAUUUUGA